AUGGUAGCGGAGCGCCAACCGGUGCCAGGCUUCCUGACGUCCAACUUCACGACGGUCAUUCGCACGCAGGACAGAGUGCCCCAAGCCUUCGCUGAGACACUGCCCCCCCCCCCCACCCCCGCACGUAAAUUUGCCUUCAGUGAGGAUCUCUUGAUCAAGCUUCUUGCUGGACCAUCCCCUGAAUUGCGUCAGCACUGGGCUGAAGAGAUUUGCCAGGGUGAGAAGUUCCAGCGCUUUAUGCAGCAGAUGAUCAGACGGAAGGAUGACCGUCGAAUCAGUGGACAGUACCGUGUGUUGAUGAACUUUGUGCUGCAACAAUGCAAUCAGCGGCGCCUCAUGGCCACGCUCUGCGCCAUCCGCGACGAUGAUCUUUCAGUGGAUGAGCAAGUUUUGGUAGCGCAGGUGCUGUACAGUUGCCUCUCAAACGUCCAGCCUUCAGUGGCCACCAAGCCCAUUCAAGCCCCCGACACGCUUCGAAAAGCCCGAGCCAGCGAGACAGGUCUUGGUCAGAUCAUGAAGCUCCGCGUGCCCGGAGCACCAGGGCUGACCAUCAAAGCAGUACCACAGGUUGGGCGGCAGGUGGGUGAGAACUUCUCUGGACAAACAAGGCUGAUUGAUUGGUCGGAUUGGCAGGAAAAGCCAGAAGUAAAGGACCCGAACGAGAUCAUUGUGUGGCUGGCCAAAACAGAAUCUGCACUUCAACAGCCGGUGGAGAAGCGCAAGGAGUGCAGGAUGAUACUGGCCCACACGAGGCCGCUGAAGAUGGAGCUGGCAGAAUCGGAAGCUCAGAAGGCCGAGGACAAGGCGCAUUUCAAGGAGCGCUACAAACACGACACGGGCGAACCCGUAGAGGUCUUCCAGCUGGAUUUUCAAGACACGAUCUACUAUCAGCUGCAGUUUAUGAGUGGCAAAAGGCUUGAUCCCUUCCUGGAAAAGGACGACAUCGAAAUGGUGUCAGAUGAGCCUCCCAAAGUCGUCAUACAGGGCCUCACACAGGGCAUGGUCUCGCAAGACACGUCCGACGACAAGAGCAAAGGAAACACCAGCUUUGCCUUUGAGAAAGGCCCAGGCAGGAAUGAGAGCAUUGUUGAGUACAUCCUGCGCCUGGUGGAAGCGAUUGAGUCACGCCUCAGGAGGGAGCUCGAGAGUGACAAGGACCAGGUUGACCAAGAACAGGACGACGACAAGCAAGACGACUCCGGGAAUGCCGCAAAAGAAGAUCCCACUGGCAUUGUCAGGUUCAUGAACAGCUUGCUGAAGUGGACGCGCGUGGCCAAAGCAACAGCCAGAAAUCUAGACAGCUUGGGCGAUGGACAAGUUGCAGCGGGUGGUCAGGACAUCGAUGCAGCGGCAACGAAGGACGAUGCUGAUAACACAAACGUGAUUGCCAGCAUGAGCUAUGUCCGCUUGAACAGCCAGCUGCGGCCAAUUCAAAGAAUCUUGGCGCUUGCCGUGCUCGCGGUUGCCACCAAGCAGCCUCACAAGUUCAGCGAAAGUAUGACACGCAUCUUGACGUUGGUGGACAGCUUGGACCCCACUGUGGCACAAUCCAUGUGCGAUGCUGUGCUGCAGCUGCUGAACAUACCGAGAAACCUGGCAAGGUUCACGCGCGCAAAUGUGGAGAAGGUGCUUUCGUCCAUGACACAAGCCUUCUACGUGCCGGAGAAAGCAGAGUGGGCGCCCUGGGAUGCCGCUCAAGUGCGGUGUGCUCACCUGCGCGUGACGCUCAAGCCGGAAGCAAAGGACAUCGCAGAGAGCAAAGAACCUGCCUCAAGCAGGAUCAUCAGCCCACUGCUGGCCAUCCUGCAGAAAGCCGAGACAUCACAAGAGCAGCGGGCAUUUAUCUUCAACAUCAUCCGUCAAGGGAUGCGCUCCCUGGUCGUGAGCUACGAGAUCGUCUCGGCGGUCUCCUUCACGUCCUCCUCGACGCAGAAAAGCACGAAGACCAAAGGAUCCACCGUCCAGCCGCUGCUUCAGGUUCUCAGACCUUUGGAGCGAUCCGUGGACCGGUUGAGUGAGCUCGAAAACUUCCACGACUUGUUUCGUGAUCUCUCCGUGGCCUUCAGCUCGGCAUCUGUGCUGAAGAAGGUGUGUCUGGUGUCUCAUCCUGAAGGGCACGCAAUGCUCAUCGUGGAAGAUGUGGUGCCCAAGCUCAUGCGUGUCAUUGGAGAGAUCAAGGACUUCCUUCCUCGCUUCAAGGAUGCCACGGCCUUCAAGCUGGACACGCCGUCUGCCUGCAUCGACCCGCAGACCCGCAAAGUCAUUGCGAACAAAUACCUCCUGUUGCCCUACGUGUUCAACACACGGCUUUUCCGCGAGCUGUGUGGAGCCAUCUCUAACGUGGGCCAGUGUCUCUCGAACCUGCAGUCUGAUCUCCUCACAAACACCAACUGCGUGCCCAUUCUGCAGCUCUUGGCAUAUGAUCUGGGGGAUGGGCUGCGCGACUUGUACAACAUGCUGAAGGAUGUGGAGGUGGAUACUGGCACCCGCAACAUGUCGCUGCUGGACCAUGUGGACACAGAUGUCACGAACCUGAUCGAUGCUAUGGCCCACAUUGUGCACACAUGCAAUCGGAAGAUGCAUGCUCGUGUCGUGGAAGUCAUGUACACCCUUCUGCAUUCCUGGGGGCCGCAGAUGCCCAGAAAAGAGUGCAAGAAGCAAGAUGUGCUGAAGGCCAGCCACGACUAUCGGAUUGUCAGCCACAUCCUCACGAAGAGCAGUGACGAUGGUCAUCGUUCCCACAAGGAGACGCAGACCGUCUUCCGGGACUCCAGGAGUGACAGGUCUUUCACGUUUUCGCUCUGGGCAAAGACAGACAAGGAUGUGAAGGUGGACCUCAAGAUCGAAUGGGAUUGCUUCUCGACAUCAAUGAGCCACACGGAGCUGGCGCAGGCGGUCAAGGAUGGAAAGGACAGGCUUCCCAUAGAGGCGUCCUUCAAGUUGCUGCGGCGGCAAGGUCUCUCAGCAGAACAGGGGGCCCCUUCGGAGAUCAUCGUGUGA